GCCGUUUCCGGCGCGGGGUUGUGACGUCUUAAGCGGGGUGCCGAGGUGUCCGGCGGGCGGCCGGGCAGGGCAGCUUGUGGGAGAUGGCGGAGUAUCUGGCCUCCAUCUUCGGUACCGAGAAAGACAAAGUCAACUGUUCUUUUUACUUCAAAAUCGGAGCAUGCCGUCAUGGAGACCGGUGUUCUCGGUUGCACAAUAAACCAACAUUUAGCCAGACAACUUGAUUUUAAGAAGAACGAUACAAAUACCAUCUUGAUUCAAAACAUCUAUCGUAAUCCCCAAAACAGUGCACAGACGGCUGACGGCUCACACUGUGCUGUGAGCGAUGUUGAAAUGCAGGAACAUUAUGAUGAAUUCUUUGAGGAGGUCUUUACAGAGAUGGAAGAAAAAUAUGGUGAAGUAGAAGAGAUGAAUGUCUGUGAUAAUCUUGGAGAUCAUCUGGUUGGAAAUGUAUAUGUAAAGUUUCGACGUGAAGAAGAUGCAGAAAAGGCAGUGAUUGACCUGAACAACCGCUGGUUUAAUGGGCAGCCGAUACAUGCAGAGCUCUCUCCUGUGACAGAUUUCAGAGAAGCUUGCUGCCGCCAGUAUGAAAUGGGGGAGUGUACACGAGGAGGUUUCUGUAACUUUAUGCAUUUGAAACCCAUUUCUCGAGAAUUGCGACGUGAGCUGUAUGGUCGCCGCCGCAAGAAGCAUAGAUCCAGGUCAAGGUCCCGUGAACGUCGCUCUAGAUCCAGAGAUCGUGGUCGCGGAGGUGGAGGAGGUGGUGGUGGUGGCGGCGGCGGCGGUGGUGGCCGAGAGCGUGAUAGAAGGCGGUCAAGAGAUCGUGAAAGAUCUGGACGAUUCUGAGCCAUGCCAUUUCUACCUUAUCUGUUAGAAAGUGUUGUAGUUGAUUGACCAAACAAGUUCAUAAUGAAAACUUUUUUUAAAAGAUGGGCUUCUGAAUAAAAAUUUGUAGUGAUACAGUU